AUGUGGAAACAUGAUAAUGCGUCUUGGUUAGAUGCGGAUAUGGAUGGCAUGAGAUCGUGCUCAAAUUACGAGGCCGGUUUUGACGCGUGUGAUCCGUUGGAGUCAGUUUUGGAGUGGUCCGGGAGAGGGCCAGCGAGGGUUUUGCGGCGGCGGUGCCGCAGCGAGGGCAUCGAUCGAUCUCCUUACGAGGAUGCAGCGCGCGAGUGGUCUAGAUCUGCAGACAUUGCUAAUCGCCAUCGCGUCCUCUCUAACAAAAGCCAUUUCACGAUAAACAACGGACACGAACACCGUCACGAUAGAUUUCAUUACGAGUGCUCAUUGCCCAGCGCUCAAAACGGAGACUACAUCAUGAAUCACGAUUAUAAUACUCGCCAUGGAUAUCAGCCAGGAAGAUCUAAAUAUCACAGAUCAAGUCCAACACGACCUAUUGUAGUUACAACUCUUUCAAAUUCUAAAGUAGACGAUCGGUUGCCCAAAGUUGAGGAGUUACUAGAAAAAGUGGAUCAUGAAAUGAUGGAUGUUACAUCAAAGCAGCCUUUGAAGUCAAUACUCAAUAAUCCAUUGCCAAAAUCCCCGCCUCAUAGUAUUUUAAAAAAGCCAAAGGCUAAAAUGUAUCACGAUGGUAAACAUGUUGAAGGAAGGAGGCGACAGCGAGCUUCAAGCGAAUCAGACAAUUUCUAUUGUAGCUUUCAUAUUACAUCCCCAAUGCCAGGAUAUGAUAGCCAAUUAUCAUACUUAUCAAGUAACAUGAAGAGAGCGAAAGACAAUUCCGGUACUGGAUAUUCCUAUGGCUCAGCAGUGGCUGCUUUGAGUUCAGUAUCUACAAAUAAAAGCUUAAAUUAUAGUAAGGCAAGCGUUCACACAAAGUGUUCAUGCAAGGAUCAAGUUAUAGUGACUCCUAAGGAUGAUGUGUUCAAAAUGCAUUUGUUACGGACUACGGCUAUUAAUAGUGUUACUGAGGAUGAUUUGCCUAAUAUUCAAAUGCCCCGACAAGAUACCCCAACGCGACCGGCAGUCAGCCCCGCGCUUCCAGUUAGCUCAGUCACGGCGAUACCAGAAAAGAAACCGGCCAAAACCAAGAAGAAAGCCAAGACGAAAAAGAUGAGGUCUAAUAGCAAAGUCGACUGCAACAUCAUCGAAGGAGAGGGUGAAGACUCACACAGCAGAUCACCAUCACCAGAUCCAAUAACAGACUCCUGGCGAAUGGAAACGGAUAUAACUGACCUGGAUAAAGCGGAGAAACCACCAUCCAAUAUCCAUGAACAACAUUCGGUAACCAAGCUCACUAGUAAACUGAAUGGUACGGUUAUGACGCCGAAGAAGGUCCUAUCUAGAGAAUCACCGUUGAACCUAUCAGAGUCGCUAGGCAACUGUCUCCGGCCGUCCUUAUUCCCGCGAGUACCACCAUACCUCAAGUUCGUACCUCACGACGAAACUAUACCGCUCAAAGUCCCGGCCGCUAUACAAAAACAUCUGAAAUGGAAGCUCACUACGAUAACACCGAUAGUUGUUAAGAAGACAUUAAUGAAUUCCGGAUUUCGAUUGGUCAAGAGUGAAUGCGAUACGGCGGAGUGUCCACAAGAAGAAACCGUGGAGUGGGUGGGCAUCUGGGGUAAACACAUGAAGUCGUUAAUGUUCAGAGCAAUAAAGGACGGGCAGAAAAUGAAUCAUUUCCCUGGCACCUUCCAAAUUGGCAGAAAGGACAGGCUAUGGAGGAAUUUGCAAAAGCUAUGCAAUAAAUUCGGUGUUAACGAGUUUGGUAUUAUGCCCAAGACGUACGUGUUGCCUCACGAUUUGAAACUUCUGAAACACGAGUGGGAGAAGUACGCUGCUAAUAACGAGAGGUGGAUUAUAAAGCCGCCUGCGUCAGCUCGAGGAACAGGAAUAAAGGUUGUAUCCCGUUGGGCGCAAAUACCUAAAAAGCGUCCAGUGGUUGUUCAACGAUAUGUGUCCAAGCCUUACCUCAUCAACGGUAGCAAGUUCGACUUGAGGUUAUACGUCCUAGUUACGUCCGUCCAUCCCUUAAGGAUAUACUUGUAUAAGGAUGGUUUAGCGAGAUUUGCGUCAGUUAAGUACAAUUCCGAGCUUACAUCAUUGAACGAUAGGUACAUGCAUUUGACAAACUACUCAAUUAACAGACUGUCCAAAAACUACACACCAAAUGAGGACUUUGCAGCUUGCGAAGGACACAAAUGGACAUUACAAACUCUUUUUCAAUACCUUAAGACUGAUAAAAACGUAGACACGGAAGCUCUAUGGACGUCCAUCAAGGACCUAGUUAUCAAAACGAUCAUAUCCGGAGAAGCCAGCAUCAGCUCACUGACGAAGGCGAAUAUUACGUCCAGAUAUAAUUGCUACGAGCUGUUCGGUAUUGAUGUGUUGCUGGACGAAGAUUUGAAACCUUGGCUUUUGGAGGUGAACAUUUCUCCUAGUCUGCACAGUGCUUCGCCACUAGAUAUUCACGUGAAGGGGCCUUUAGUGUCUACUGUGCUCAACAUAGCGCAAUUCCAAGUGCCGAUAAAAACCAACAUAGAGAUGUUAUCUAAGGAUAAGCCCCACAAAAUGGUUGGUCUACCCUACGAUAGUAGAUUAUACACAGUAUAUUUAUCAAAAGAAGAACGGGAUAAACAUAUAAUUUAUACGAACAUGGAAGAUAGAGAUAUGUAUCUACGCGAUAUUCUAUCAACUCUGACCCCCGACGACGUCCGUCACCUAAUACAAGCGGAGGACGAACUGACGCAAACCGGCGAUAUGGAGCGAGUGUUUCCUAGCAAGGAUUCCCAUAAGUACUUGGGCUUCUUGGCCGGUCCGCGCUACUACAACCGGUUGUUCGACGCCUGGGAGACACGAUAUGGAGAUAAAAGAGACCCCGGCAUUGAGCUGCUCCGAAACCUGUGUGACAUCGGCUACCACUUGGAGGUCCCGCCCGUGCCCCUAAAGUGGGCGGCGGCUGAGCUGAGCGCGUUGGAUUGCAGAAUGACAUUGACGCGCCGUCGCCCGCGCCCUCCGAGCGGCCCUCUCUCCGGUCAGUGCCGUCGGACCGCGGUUCGGUGGCCGUGCUACCGACAGUUUCCGCGACCACUGUCCCGCCAGUGCCCGGGGCGCCCUCCACCCCCGUGUCGCUCCCGCCGGCCCGCAACAGCUCCCCGGUCACGCGGCCCUGCGGAGACGCCCUCGCCCUCCGGCCUCCGCCCGCCCUCGAGCCGAGAGCCUAGCCCCCCCCACAUAGAUCUCAACAUGAACAAGUGCCACAUAGACGACAGCGCGGCGUCGAAACCAUCCUAA